UAGUAACAUGACAUCUCAGUAUAUUUCAAACCUUGAACAGUUUAUUUUUUGUAAUCAAAAUUAAAAGUUGAAAAUAAAAUUUAAAAAAAUAAAAAAAAAAAUGCUUUUAACACCAUCUCAACCACAUAACAGUCUUAAUAACAUUUCGUCAAAAAAUAAUGUUAAAUCAAAUAAAAAUAACAAACGGUUACCAUUAUUGAAAAAAUCCACAUCAACAGCUCAAAAAAAUCUUAACAACUCAAAAAGUAAACAAACAGCAAAUGGCUCUCAAAAAGUUCCCAAAAAAUCAGUGCUCCUCGAAAUGAAACUACAAAAAACAUUGCGAAAAAAUGCCGAAGAAAAAGUUUAUAGCAACAAAGAUCAUGAAAAAAAUCUCUUACAAACUAAAGAAAUGCUUGCUAAUAUUUUAAAAGAGUAUGAAGACAUUUCAAAAGAUAAAAUCAUUUUGGCUGCUGAAAUUAAAAAUAUGAAGAAAUAUCUUGCAGAAAUACGUUUGAAACUUGAUCAAUCUUUGUUGGUGUUAAAUAAAAAUACAACACUUUUUGCUAUGAAAAAAGGCAUGGCAGCGAAGUAUUUUACUUCAGGGAGUAAAAAAACGAAUGGUUCCAAAAUUAAAUUUUCGAAAAAAUCAAAAAAGAAUAAUGUGGAACGCAUUGAACCUAUUCUCCACAGCAUUUUAAUCAAUUCCAAUUAGUUUAUAUUGAAACAAAAAUG